UGCUUUAUCUUUCUCUAUACAAACCGUAGUGGUCGCAUGCCGUCAUGACCCAUGUCGCGGAGGAAGGGAACCCCCGGAAGGGGGGCAUGACCUAUGAUGAGAUAAACCAGAGCGUCCUAGACGUGGAAUCCUGGUUCAAGAAGCACGCACGCGGCUGUCUAGACAACGCGGAAGGGGCACAGGAUGCAGACAUUCAGGCGCUGGAGAAGGCCACGGACACCACAAUUCCGGAGGAGCUGCGAUCAAUCAUGACAAUCCAGGACGGGCAACUCUGGUUCUCCGAGAAGCAAGCACUUACCUGCAAGGCGAUGGUAGCGGCGGCUUUCAAGAUGGAAGGACGGGUGCCCGGUUGGAGAGCAGGGCUGAUACCCUUCGCCAAGGAUGUCGACGACAACUUUUUGGUUACGGACACUCAAGCAAGAGGUUGUCCGGUGGUAGAGUGGGAUGCAGCAGACGGUGAGGGUGGGACAGUGGCGACGACUUUCUCGCUCUUCCUAGAGGGCUUCAGGAACGAGCUGCUUGCCGGGCGAUGCGAAUACGUGGAGGGACUGGGCGUUGUCGAGAAAAUCACGAAGAGUAACGUUAGCAGCCCUCCCCGCAGCAACCGAAAAUAAUGUUCUAGGCUAGGCGAGGGGGCGAAAAUUGAUCAAAGAAGACACUGGACAGCCAUCUAUACUUGUUUUUUCCAGAAAAGUUCUUGGUUGCUCCAGUACAGAGAGAGGGUACUCGAUUAGAAGCUCUCGUUAUGGACGAGACUGGGGCGCUUCGUUCCGUCUGUGGGCUACAAAUGACCGCAAUAUAGGUUUUUGCCUAGGGCUUCUUAUCGGGACUCACAGAUGGCGCUUAUGUUCCGUAGUCAUGAUUUGGGCAUUGAUAUUCCGUAGUCAUGACUUGAGCAUGAGUCUAAGUUCUUUACUGCCGGGUUUUGAAGUACGGGUACUAUCAACGUAGGGUUUUGGUAUAACAACGUAUGUGGGGAUUCUAUGCAUACGUCGAGGAGGUCUGGAAGGAGGUCGUCGACACGAUGAAGGAUCGCCACUCAUUGGUGUGGGCGUAGAAUUCACCAGUCCUUAUGGGACAAGUUGGUGAACUCAUCAUCCGAAGUGCGUCUGUGUGAACAAAGGUUCCUUGGACUGGAUUUGGAGGGUUUGGGGCGCGUACGGACGGAAUCGCGUCGAAACAAAGCUUAUAUAUCAAACGCUCGUAAGACAAAUUGAAUUCGUUGAUACUUCGAAGUAUAUUACAGUGUUGCCGAACAAGACAGUGUAGCCUGCAACCAGCAAGACCCCAGAUACACGCAUUCAACCAAACAGCAAAAUCAGAACAAAGAUACAGGAAGACACACACGAAGAAUCGUGACGAAAACAACUGCUGCCCCAUUAAAGAAAUGUUGCCUUGGCGAAAGUCGCGCAGGGGGUCAACGGUCGGAAAAACCCCGGGCUCCAAGCCCAGAGAGCACAUUCCAAAUACACGUUACUCUUUAACCCAUCAGGCUACACGGUUCGCGACACAGCUGCGUGAAGUGUGCAUACAUGCUCAUCUUGCCCUGUACCUUGUAUCGUCUAACACCAAUAUUGUAAUUGACGGACGGUGCAUGAUAUAGAUACCCCAAGGCUCCAGGAUUCCUUCGACUCCUCAAAAAAAAAAAAAAUCGCACUGCGCACACCAGUAAGCAUGCAUCAUUGUCCCAAAUCUCUCCCUUGUUUUACGUUGUACGGCGUUGUCCACCACGACCAAGAUGCCCUCUCCUCGCCCCUCACCACUAGGCCACGAAUACUCCAUUUACCGCAGUAACGAAAAGCAGAUACGAUGUUAUUGCGGAUGCCAAGUGAGACCGGUUGGCCAGUCAUUCGAGCCUUGAUAGCAGCGAACAGUAUCCAUAGCGGCAUGCCGGAUCCCCCCCCACCUCCCGUCCUUUCCUCGCGUGUCAAACGGACACGCGCACUUUCUCACAUGGACGUGUUCACACAAAAAAACUAGUGCUGUGGCAAUGUGCUUUAAAUGGCAGGGGCCUACGCCCUGCGUAUUGCCGAGUAGCACCCCCCGGGUCUGCGCUGCCUCCCUCUCCCUCAUGCAAAACUAUAGGUACCAUGCUCCCUUACUCAAAAGAGUGACAUUCACACAAAUUACCGUGAUGAGGCUCACUUGGCGGGUCUUACCCUACGCCUUUCCACUGCUGCCUGGCACAGCUACCAAGACGCGCAAAGAGGGCAAGAGUACCAAAAGCGUACCUACGAACAUGUGGGUUAUGGCACCGAACACCCGUCCUAACUCCCUGUCUGCAUCUUACCCCAGUAUAUAAGCACGAUUUGGUGAUGGUCGUUCUCUGGCCCAUCUAGCUUGAGAAUGAAAACAACCCCAACUCACGCGCUUUGCGACGUUUCGGAAACACCCCCUCCUCCCAGAAAACAAAAUAAAUGCCACCGACUCCCAAACACGAUUGCAAUCGAAGUCGAAACAUGAAUGCAAUCGAGUUGACCAAGUUCUUCUGUCCUUGUGACCUUUAUGACAUCGGUGCGUACGCCACACAGCUGGGCACCGAAACGCAAUUUGUCCGAAUACCGCCGUUAGAGUCUUUUCCAAACAGCAGUGUUCCUCCUUCGUAUCUCUUCCAGCACCAACAGAAAACACAUGCGACAGAUACUGCUAUCGCUGCAACACGGCAAUUGGCCUCGCCCUCUCAAAAGGUGACACAAAAUAAGACCAGACCUAUUUACUAAAGAGCGAU